GUGCAGUGACCACAGUGAGGACGUUGCCGGGCCUAAUCCUCCCCGAACGGGAGCGGGUGCUUUGUUUACCCACCUUCCGUGGUUCCGAGUUUCGUGCGUUGCCGGAAUCGACUCUGGCCAAUGCUACCGACGGGUACGCACCCGGGUGCACCUUCCGACAGCAGGACCAACGACGUCGGAACAAGUGGCGGCACUACGAUGUCUGGUAGCUCGAUAGACAACCGCAUCACGAUGAUGGAAAGGCUGAUCCAAACCCCGACGCCCCGUACGACUCCGACACCCACACUGUCACUUCCGAUCUCAUCGCAGUCCCCGGGGAACCGCUUCAAUCGUACGGGAAGUGGUGGUAUGGGCGGUGGAGCUGGACCCAAUAGACCAUCGUUGGAUCUCAACCUACCCAUCGUUUCUGGGACGCGCCGGAGCGAAUCUGAGCUCAAGUUCCAGAAAAUUGUAGAGAAGAGCGGACAUCUCAAGAUAAAUGACAAAAGCUAUCGAACGCAGCUGAGCGAUCUGGAGGAUUUGGGCGAACUCGGGAACGGAACCAGCGGUCAUGUUGUCAAGAUGCGUCACAAUCCCAGCGGAUCGAUCAUUGCUGUUAAGCAAAUGCGACGCACCGGAAACGACGAAGAGAACAAGCGAAUCAUCAUGGAUCUGGACGUAGUGCUGAAGUCGGAAAACUGCAAGUAUAUCGUCAAGUGCCUGGGCUGCUUUAUCACCGAUGCGGACGUGUGGAUCUGCAUGGAACUGAUGACGACGUGCUUCGACAAGCUGCAGAAAAAGUCGAAGAAGCCGGUUCCGGAGGAAAUCCUCGGCAAGGUGACGGUGGCGACGGUUCGCGCCUUGGCUUACCUCAAGGACAACCAUCGCGUGAUCCACCGGGAUGUGAAGCCCUCGAACAUACUGAUCGAUGACCGGGGCAACAUCAAGUUGUGCGAUUUCGGCAUCAGUGGUCGGCUGGUGGAUUCGAACGCUCGGACUCGUUCCGCCGGGUGUGCUGCAUACAUGGCGCCUGAAAGAAUCGAUCCAGCCAAGACGGUGUACGACAUCCGAGCGGACGUGUGGUCACUCGGAAUCACGCUGGUCGAACUGGCGACGGGUGUGUUUCCCUAUCGCGGAUGUGUGACCGAUUUCGAGGUGCUCACACAGGUGCUCACCUCCAAUCCACCACGCUUGCCCGAGGACCAGAACUUCAGUCCCGAGUUCCGCGAUUUCGUGCUGCGCUGUUUGCAAAAAGACUACCAGGCGCGCCCGAAGUACCCGGAUCUGUUACGUCACGCGUUCCUGCAACGUGCGGAGCACGACAGCAACAUCAACGUGGGCGAGUGGUUCCGCAAUGUGGCCAUCAAUUGCGGCAUACAGCUCACCAGCCCCCAACCGCCUGCUGCAACGGGCUCGACUAGUGCGGCUGCUUCGGUUGCUUCACCGCAAACCUGGACCGCGUCGUCGGAACAAACCAGAAUACCGACCCCGCUGGGAAGCUUGACCGAAGCAGUCCAGGCGCAAUCGAAUCAGCAAAAGCAAACCAUCGCCAUCGCCGCCUCGUCCAUACCGAUCAAGUCCACCGCAACGAUCCUUACGCCGCACAUUGCCAACGAAGCCCCGACCAACGUCGGCCACGGCCAGCAGCGUCCGCAGCAACAUCAACACCAGGUUCUCCAGAGCAAGCUUAGCAAUAUCAGUCUAGCGUCCUCGUCCUCGUCUUCAUCGGCAGCCGUUGCGGCGGCAGCGGCCCUUCCGCCACCAUCCUACACAACUACCUCGUCUUCCUCUCCCGCCGGCUUCGAUCCUCGCCGAUCGCCCUCUCCCCAGGCCCUCUACCUAGCGAAAAUGCAGCCAAAAAGUGCCAUUACUAGCACCAGCGUACCUAUAGCAACGGGCGGCGUCAGCUCAAGCCCAGGUCUCGAACGGAACGGUUCCCUCGGUCCGCCGGUGGACACGGCGCGCAAGUACAAACACUCACCCUUCCUGACGCGCCGUACGGCCUCCGAAUACGGUAGUGGCAGCCCAAAGAAGGAGUCCACCUUGAGCAGCUUGGGACAGAGCAUCUUCAAGAACCUGACGACGUCACCGUUCGCACAGCGGAAAUCGGCCCUUCAGCCCGGGGAACCGAAGCUCACGGUGUGCUUCUCGUCCGGAUGUCCAUCACCUCCGGUACCGGUGGCAUCGACGGCGAUCUACGCCAACGGAGCGGCACCCGGAAGUGGCCCAUCCUCGCCGCUGCUCGUGCUCAGAAAGGCCCCGGAAGCAGCACCGGAAGCGGAUACUCAGUACAAACACCUCCAAGGAAAUACUAGUCCAAUUGUUCUUCAGCGAUUCUACCAUCAGCAGAAUCAACUGAUGGAGCAGCAACGGGAAGCGCUUCACCAUCAUCACCAACAGCAACAUCAGCAGCAGCAGGCCGCCGUUUACGGGUUCCCUUCUUCUCCGCCGAUCGCAACCAGUGGGGUGAGUGAUGCGUCGCCUCGUGCGAUUCGCUACAGCCCACUGCCUUCCCAUCGAACCGUACAUCACGGCGUACAUCCCGUGCUGGGAACGUCCACGAUACACCAAAGUGCGAUCCCGCUCUACACGCAUCACGAACCGGGUCAUCCGAUGGUGGCGCCACCUUCCGGGAUUCCGGUGUACCAGCAACAGGCCGGCGGAAGCACUGCGAGCCCCAAACACAAGCCAACGUCCUCCUCCUUCUUUAACACGUUCAGCCGUGGCAUGAAGAGUGCCGGCCGCAGUGAUAAGGUGAUCGAUCGAGGUGGCACGUUACCCACAUCCGAUCGUGUGCAUUAUGCGCCCACGGCCAACCCAACGGUGUACUCUCAUGGACCGACGAAUGUCCUGCACCGGCACGGAGCACUUGGGACAACGACGACGGUCAGCAACGGAGGGAUGGUACCGGAUGGCGUCAAGGAGGAAACAGGUUGGUUGAAUUCCUUUGCAGAUAUUGCCAAGCGGAAGUUCGCCUCGUUCGUGAAGCUUAACCUCAACAACAGCGGUAGCCCCGGUGCCGGUGGAACCACCACGAUCGGGGACAAACGUACGCUCAAGGAGAAACACCUCCAGCACCAGUUGCAACAGCAGCAGCAACAACAACAGCAUCAGUUUACGCAGCAAAACCCAUUCGAUCCGUCCACCGGACCAACCGGGGGACUGAUGUAUGGGACCACGAGUGCGUACGGUGCUGGUCCAUCACCGGUGACCGGAAUGGUGCAGCCUCCGUCGGCGAUUCCAGCCAUGACGCACGUGCUCAGCAGUUCCUCUGCCGCCGAUCGACGCCACCGCAGUCCAGAUCCGCCUCCAAGGUUAAACCGAGGUCAGUCACCGUUGCUGCUGCAGCGCAAACUGGAACAACUUGGACACACAGGCUCGCCGUUGCUGAACAGGAGACCGUUCACCUCUACCUCCCCAUCACCACCGCUGCCACCCCGUCGAGGCUCCGAAAGCGUGCCGGGAUCACCGCAGCAUGUACGAACGCGAAUCAACUUCACACCGGAACCGCACCGUCGGCCAUACCGCACCACGAUCGAUCAAUGAGUGGGACUGCAAAUCCUUGCCAUGUGAUCAAGGUACACCUUUCUCGAGUAGGCAGGAUCGUCGUGGCGGGAACCGCGCGCCACCACCGUCAGGUUGGGAUUUUGGAGAGCGAGUUUUUUAGGGGGGAAAUCGAGACGCGCGAACCCCGAGAAAGGAGACGACCAGACGACGAACGAACAAAACACAUACACAAACACACUCACUCGAAACGAAAGUCACCUCACAUUUUCCCGAAACUCUCGAAGCGAAAUGUACACACACACAUAUGCGAAAUGCGCAUGCUAGAACCCGUGGGGAAUCCACGGGCGCUGUAGUUUGUAGGUUAGAAAGUUUAGAAAUUUUGCCACCACCCGCUCUCUCCGCCACACGGGGGAAGGUUUUGGUCGGUGGCAGCCAUUGUGAUUGUACGCGAAAACGCCUACCACCACCCUUCGGUAGAUGCUUCCGGUUUGUGUGUUGUUGUUUAUAUGCAUACGUGUAUAUCCAUCGAUAUAUAUAUAUAUAUAGACAUAUAUAUAUCUAUAUAUUUUUCUCUCUAAUUCCCAUUUCCCCCGUGGUUUCGGCUACGGCUACGGGACUAGAACGAUUUUACUUUUCGCGUUUGUUUGCGCAUACGCUUCCGCUUUUGGCGAUGUUUCCAAAUUAAUACCUCACAAAUGUAUAUGAUAAUCAGAGAACGAUAGGGCGACAGAGAUAAAGAAGAAAGAGAGAGAGAGAGAUAGAGAAUGGUGUGUGCGCACUUGUGUUCCCCCGGCGUGUGAUGUGGAUGUGCCGGGGUUCCCGAAGUGUCCUUUACGCUUAGAUUGCGCAAAACAAAACAAAAAUCCCGACCCCACUAGGGGCGAUAAGGUUUAUAGCUUUCUUUUUCGUUUAAGUAAAGUUCACAAACUCUCUGACAUGCUCAACUGCGAGAGGGGGGAAACAGACGCAUUAGAAACACGGCACGCAUUUUUGCAUAUACAUACAGGCUACGCUGUACAUUUGUCUGUGAUUUGUGGUUUUGCGAAUUAGCCUACAGAAAGCUUCUAGCGCUUAUACUGAAAGAUUCUAACGAUAACAUUCUCCCGUACGCAAUAAAACCGUUCAGCUUGGUUUGGUUUGCCACUUUUCGUGUCGUUUCUUGUCCUGCAGACGCGAUUGCAGGCUCCAGCACAAAGUGUUAGAAUUAGAGACGCGAUUUGCAAACUAUUUCAGUUGGAAUUCGAUCGCAGGAGGCUAUAUUGCUUUCAUCUCGUGAUCGAGGGUUUCCUCGACUUGGUGCUUUGGUCGCCCUUGGUAACGCGCUAGGGAGUGUCACCUUGGUUGCUAGGAUUGCUACUGUUUCCUUUUUUCGUUGCUGUGUUGCAAUGCUUUGCGUUUUUGAGUUACCUUAUUUUUUUCUUUUUUGAACUCUUCGGAAACAAUAGACUGGGGUCAGUUUGUGUCCCCGUUGAGCGAUUCCGUCACUUUUUGUUGCUUGCUGCACGAAGCUUUGUGAUGGAAGGCAACCGUUGGAAGCCACUGAAUCCGUCUUCCCACGCUGCUCACUUGUGCUUUUGCUAAAAUCGUUAAAAGGACAUAAAAAAGAAACGCCAUAGUAGGCGACGAAGGUACCAUACUGCUGGCUCUCACACACUACACUGUUUGCAAUAUGGUUAAACCCUAACCCUAUCCUAUCCGCUGCCGUUGCUCGGGCGAGAUAAAUUAUUACACGUACACGCUGCCAAAAAUUAGCCCGCGUUAUUACCGCGCAAUUAGGUCGCACUCACUCUAAUCCGCCGUUGCGCCGGUCGGGUAAAGGGGGGUCGGUGGACGAAGGUGAACAGAGGUUUUUCAAUAUUUAACGAAUUAUUACAAUUCAAGCGUUCAUAAUCAAACAUAAGCCAACAGCAAAGCUCUCGCCCAUCAGCCCUUACAUACAUUAGGAUCAAUUGUAUCGCGUACACAGUGUGGAGGAUCAUUCAGAGGACGAAAUCGGAAGUUGUGUGAAAGAGAAACAGGGGGUUGGGAGGCAUACGUUUGUAGUUCGCGAGAGUGACAGAGAGAGAGAGAGAGAGAGAGAGAGAAAGGAAGUGUGCGGUGGUAUUGUGCAAGCGAAAAAAAAAUCGAUAAAAACGGCAAAACCGAACGAGAAAAAAUAGUCAUUUAUUAUUAUAUAUUAUUAUAUUACGAUAUACUAUUAUUAUUAUUACCUUAAACUAUUGACGAAACGAAAGAAUGUGAGCGAGAGCUGGUGACACCACUCUAGAAGACAGAGAAGAGCGAAAGAGAGAAAGAGAUUAGGAGAACAAGACGUUUAGGAGUGAUUAUUUAUGAAACAAACACGAAAAUAGGACGCAGAAUGGAAAACAGUGUGAUGUAAAAUGGAACGGAUAGGGAAUAGGUGUGAAAGAGAUGGAAAAACGAAAGCAAAAAGAUAAGGGAAAGGAAAAACUUCACACACACACACACAUACAUCCACACAAAAACAGUCUAAAUAGGUGAAACGAGAAGAGACAGUUAAUUUUGUAAGCUGCGCAAAAGGAUAGGAUGAAGCUAAAAAUAAAGAGAGAAAAAAACAGAUCA